UCCUGUUGAGUGAGUGACAGUUCCAUAACGUGGUUGUUUACAACACAGAGCAGCUUCUCACAGUAAGGUUGGGCAGUUCAAGCAGUGAACAGAAGCCACUGAUCAGCACUAUUACCAGGGUCAUCUAAUCAUGAUGGGUAAUCAGAAGCUCCUGAUCGUGUGGGUGUGGAUGUUACUGGUGGCGUCGUUUUAUCCUUGGGCCCACUGCAAACGUAGAGGGGGUUUUGGUAACAGGGGCAAAGGAGUGGGUCUGCCAGCCAGAGCGCCUCCUUCCCAGAGCAAAGGAUCAUCCAAUCAGGGUCUGAAAGUGGCAGGUGCUGCAGCCGCGGGGGCUAUCGGAGGAGCAGCCAUCGGUUAUGGGCUGGGCUCUCUGGGCAGACCGAGGUACGGCUAUGACGGCCGCUCUGAAGACGACAGGCGCUAUAACCGCGAUGGACCUGGAUACCACAAUCGCUCAGACUGGCAGUAUCGCUCAGACAGGAGCACAGGCAGCUCAGAGCAUGUGACCAGCAUCCUCCUAACACUUGGAACAGUGGCACACAUCUUUUUGUGGGGAUGAAUUAUUACAGGGUUUGUGACAGUUGUCUCACUGAGAGACAAUUUCAUAGUGCAAAAGGGUUUAAUUUUAAACAGAGGAUGCAAUCAUUUUCUUUGAUGAAGUGAAACUUUUUUUUACCAGCAAUUUUUUUAUCAGCAACAUACUUAGAGGAAUAUGAAAUGUGAGACAGGUAGGCUAUAUAUAUAUAUAUAUAUAUAUAUAUAUAUAUAUAUAUUGCUAUAUAUGAGCAAUCACACGAGUAGCCGUGCGAUUGUAUAAAUAUAUAUAUACACCAAGUCAAGGUAAGGUAAAUUGAAAGGUUGAGUUAAUUCAAAUGUUUACCUAUUAAACAUAUAUCCAAAUGUUUUAGCAGUUGGUGUGAUGAAUGUUAAAUUAUAUUUAACUGAUGUUGUGUUGCUAAUGCCUAAAAGUACUGCAAUCAUAUAAGGAUUUUAAUUUAUGUUUUUAUUUAUUUUGGUGCUCAUAUUGCUAUUAAAGGGUUAGUUCACCCAAAAAUGAAAAUUCUGUCAUUAAUUAGCUUUCUGUCUCUUCAUUGACAGCUACGCAACUACCAACUUUCAAGCCCCAGAAAGGUAAAGACAUCAUUAAAGCAAGGCCGUAACCAUGUCUUGAACAAUGGGGGGACCAAUUUUUUUAUAAAGCAUAAAUAAAUUGAGCAGUGAAGGAAAUUCUAGGUCUAAUUCUAGUUGGGAAAUAACUAUUUGCAAAUAAUAUGAUUAAAUUAACUUAGUUUUAAUGAUUUAUUUAUUAAAGUAAUCCAUGUGACUCUAGUGGGUUAACCUCAAUUUUAUGAAAUGACACGAGUGCUUUGUUUGCGCAAAAAAAAAACAACAACAACAAAAAAAAAAACAUAAUUUACAACUUUACAAAAUAUUAAUCUCCACCGCGCGUUCACGAGAGCAGCGCAUGCAUGUUGUGUUGACGCGGGAGCAGAUGCUGUUGCAUGAAUGUGUCGGAAAUUUAUUUUUUUUUAAAUAAAAUGGCAAAUUAUGUUUGUUUGCGCUUCAUGAAACUAAGGUUAAACCACUGGAGUCACAUGGAUUACUUUAAUGAUGUCUCUCCUACUUUUCUCAGGCUUGUAGUUGCGUAGGCUGUCAAUGGACAGAAAGCUCUCAGAUUUCAUCGAAAAGAUCUUCUUUUGUGUUCCGAAGACAAACGAAAGUCUUACGGGUUUGGAACGACACGGGGGUGAGUAAUUAAUGACAGAAUUAUAAUUUUUGGGUAAACUAACCCUUUAAAAUCGCUUUAAUUUAAGGGCUAAUAUUUAAGUGCAUUCUCUCAUAAGUGUGAAAUCAUUUAAUGCAAACUUUGUCAGCUAAAGUGUCAUGUAAUGGACAUAAUAAAAAAUAACAAGCUUUGCUGUUCCUCUCAUUCCAGUGAUGUCAGUUACUCUUCUGUCAGGUUUCAGGGUUUGAUGUGUAUUUUGGCAGGUCUUUCAAACCAUGUCACUGUUUGGUCCUUGUACUCUUUUUGGAGUUGAAAUGAAUAAAUAAUUGAGUCUGCUUA